CAGCUAGUUACAACUAUUCGUGUAUGGAACCUUUCGUACAUUGUAACAAACGUAUUGCUGACACAACAGUCACACACAACUGUUCGACCGGACGACUCGAGUCCGCGUCGGUGAAAUAAACUACCUCAUCAAAUAUAUUUGACCAAAUAAAACAUUAAAGUCGACUAAUAUCAUCAAAUUUUAAAGAAAAGAAUAGUUGACACAUUUUUAUAAAAAGAACGAUUUUUAUUAAAUCAUAAAAAGAAUAUCGUUGACAUAUUUUAUUAAAUUGUUGAAAAAUUAAAUGUUGACUGAUUUUAUUCAAUUGUUAAUAUAUUAUUUGACAAAUUUUAUCGAAUAUUGAUAUUAAAUUUGUUAAUGGUUUUAAGUUUAGAAUAAAAUGGUGAAUAAAAUAGAAAUGGAAUCCGUGACUCCUGUAGUCAGUCGCUUGAGAUCGUGGACGGCUCAGAUAAUAGCAUGCAUGUCUCCCAACCUGCUCCUUCUGGACCUGGGUAUGGCGAUCACAUUCGCCAUCAUAGCGAUGCCUGAUCUCCUCAACGCACCUGAAGGUCUUUCCUUGGAUGAAGAUCAGGCUUCUUGGUUUGGUAGCAUAUCAUUCCUAACGCAGCCAUUCGGAGCGGUGUUCUCAGGCCCACUAGUGGACUUCUUCGGCAGAAAGAAGGCUAACUUCCUGGCCAAUGUUCCCCACCUCAUAGCCUGGACAUUACUUUACAAUGCUACCAACAUGCCCAUACUGUUCAUAGCAUCUGCUUUGCUGGGUUUGGGUACGGGUGUCAUGGAAGCACCCAUCAACGCUUAUGUUGGAGAAAUCACUGAACCCAACACCAGGGGGGCGCUAUGCACGCUCACCCAACUCUUCACUUCUGCGGGAGUAUUGCUGAUGUACUUCCUCGGCACAGUGGUACACUGGCGAACGGCCGCCUUGAUCUGCAUGUCCGCUCCGAUCGCCUCAAUGAUCUGUGUUUUGCUAGUCCCAGAAACUCCAGUUUGGCUUCUAUCCCGUGGCAGAGAGAAGGAAGCGCUAACAUCCUUACGUUACCUCCGAGGCUGGACCAGGUCAGAGAACGUGAGGGAGGAGUUCGAUAAUCUAGUCGUCUAUACUAAGAAUCUCGAAAGAUGCGUCAUUUGCUCCAACACUCCGGGCCUUGACGCUUUGAACUGCGAGCAUCAUUUAAUGAAUCCAAUCAAAAGAAAAAUACUCAAAAUCAGAUACGUGAUGUUCUGCAAGGAGACCAUGAGGCCUCUGAUGCUGACGAUCAUGUACUUCUCCUUGCACAUACUCAGCGGCUUCGCGGCUAUCAGACCGAACUUGGUGAACGUCUGUGGAGCCUUGGGCAUGCCUGGUAGUAGGAGCAACAUUAUGUUGAUUGUAGGCAUAAUUACCUUCGUAGCCGCCUUAGCCACUGUCCCUAUUGUCAAAUUAACAGGAAAGAGAAAGUUAGCAAUAACUGCGAUGCUUGGCUGUGCUAUAAGUACUACAGGACUCGCUAUAUAUGCUAGAGCUAAUUUAGAUGAUUCAGUAUACUCAUAUGAUGCCAGUACAUUCCCAACAGAACUGAGUCAUGUACCAGAAAUAUUGUUCUUCAUGUUAGUAGUAUUUAAUGGUCUUGGAAUCCCAUGGGUGUUGCUUGGAGAAGUUUUUCCGUUCAGGAGUCGCACCACUGCUCAAGGCAUCGCCGCUGCUGCUAAUUACGUUAUCAACUUCUUUGCCGCCAAAACCUUCAUCGACGUCGAAGCCGGUUUAGGCUUAUGGGGUGCUUUUGUCGUCUACUCCAUCUUUGGUUACUUGGGCGUUUUGUACCUAUACUUCUUCCUUCCUGAGACAGAAGGAAAGACGUUGAUAGAAAUAGAAUCAUACUAUAACGGAAAAUUGAGAACAUUCGCUGACGAUCCGUUUAUCAGAUUAUUCAGAAAGUCUGACUGA